AAAAAAAAAAGUUGCUGACUGCACCACUCACUCGCCAACCUCCUGAAGACCUAUGUCUUCCACCUUUGCCCCCCCGCGAGGAUGAGAAUGCAGCAGACUGCCCUGGAUGGAAUACAUCACCCGAGGGCCCUGCGGGCAAGAAGGGUGCCGUGAAACGCGCUAUUAUCUCGACAAUGGCCUUUGGUUCUGUAGGCGGGGUCAUCAGCAGGAGGGCCGCCAAGUAGAGGAGGAUCCUGAUGAUUUCGGAACCCAGGGCAAGUUAAGUCGGGCGAAAAAGCCUGUCGUGGAGAAGACUCAGAAAAAGUAUCGCGGGCGCCAGGCUUAUCGGCUUUUUCUGCAUAUUUAUCAAUUAAUUGUUUGGAAACAGUGUCAUGCAUUGGUCAAGGACCGGGGGUUCCCGCCAGAGCUAGAGAAUGUCAUUCGCGAUCUAUGGGCGCUCCGCCUGGGGAACUAUGCAAAUAAAAUCAACGACCCUACUGAUGAGGAUUCUCAGCCGGAGUUCUUCAGUUCCCAGCCUGGGAGCGCGCGUGAGGAUACUGAGACUGAGGCAUUCAAGCCGGGAAGCAAAAUUGUGCAGUGGCCUCGCCUGAUCGAUACAGUUUCUCUCUGCUAUCUCGGAGCUUUCUUGAUGAGGCUCCCAACGAGUAUUGGAGAUUUCUACCGGAUGGUUAUGCGGAAUGACAUUCCUUAUUUCAGGGUAUUGAUCCACAUCCCACGCGAUAUGAAGGAUAAGUUGCCGCAAGAAUACAUGGCUCUCUUGGAAACUACGAGGUUAUUGAAACCCGAUGAUCUCCAUACUGCUGUAUUCGACCUCUUAAUGCUCUACCACCGUCAGUUUAAGAUGGAAUUUCCACCUUUGAAUGCACCAGCUUUAUUGUACCGAUACAUCAGCAGGCUUGCACUCCCAGUUGACGUAUACCCAGCCGUGACACGUUUACAGAAUCUGCUUGGAUUUACGUUCAAGUAUUCCACAAAAGUUGUUGGCAGGAGAAAGCCUCUGGACAAACCAGAACUGCAAUUGAUCACUCUCAUCGUAAUCUCCACUAAAUUAUUAUUUCCUUUUGAUGACGUCGAGCGACAUCCUACGUGCGCACAAGAACCUGCUGUCCAUACAAUCGACUGGGCGGCGUGGGGAGAAGUUCAGCGUCGAUUCGAGAAUCGAGAAGCAUUAGCGGGGAAAAUCAGCAAGGACAAGGAAAUUCUUGUCAAUGAGAACGAUGUGCUGGCCAUGACACCGGACCAAUUGGAUCAGUACAUGGAUUGGUAUGAGAACAACUGGCUGGACCUCAGCAAGGGAUCGGGUCCUUUGUCGGCUUUAUUCCCAGUCGGACCUCAAUCCAAAGAAAGAAAGCAUGAUUCGCCAGCAGUGGAGGACAACGAAGAGGAGGCUAUAGAAUUCAUGCUGCAAAAUGCCCCAAGAUAUGUGAAAUCCGCAACAGUUGUGGAUCAAUCCGACACCAAGACAUCCCGUCCAGGUUCCUUUUACACCCGAUAUCGACAAGAGUCUGAUCUGCCAGAUACGGCGAGGUCAUUCUACGAAACUGCCGCAAAAGUGGCCGGUAUAUCUCUUUCUAUUCUUGUGCGAUGUGUAUCGCAGGCGGAGAUCCAGAUCAAUAAGUGGUUAGAAGAUCGGAGACGCGCCAAACAUUUCGCAGAGCGAUCUAUGAUCGAGUCCAUAGGAGAGGAUGUUGAUAAGAGCCACUCGAGUUCGGAAGAUGAUGAACCAAGUGAGGGAGCUAUUUCGUCUGAUGGUAAUGAGUCUGAGGGCAAUUGAUUUCCAAUGUUGACAUUCUUCGAGAGAUUUAUAUGUAAUAGAAAGAUCUCUUGAUAUUAAGAGGAAUUCCCAUCACUACAGCCUGUUUUAGUAAAGAGCUUGAACGUAAAAUCGAAUGCUGAUGAUGUCUGAUGUUCUAGAAGGGAAACUGUGGAGAAGAGCUCCGAAACAGUACGAGCGGUCCGGCGAUGACGAAAAUAGAACCAGGUUAGGGCUUAGGGUAUCGCCGGGGACCAGUCCACCCUUGCUAAGCGAGAAAUCCUCAAAUUGACAUCGGCUCCUCCGAGCGUACCUUCUAGCGAUUGUCAGC